AUGAAUGAUUUGCUGAUAAAGAAAGGAAUAUAUGCCGUCGGUACCGUACGAGUAAACCGAAAAGGCUUACCAGAAAAGUUAUUACCCAAAAAUAUAUUCAAGAACGAAAAACUUGGAAAGCACGAGUUCAUCUAUAAAAUCAAAGCUCCAGUUUCUGCUAUACAGUGGAUGGAUACUCAACUGGUGAAUAUUUUGACAAAGACACACAACCCAAAAUCUGUGUUUACGGUCAAACGAACACAGAAGGAUGGUUCCAAGAAAAAUAUUACCAUUCCCACUGCUAUCGCCGAAUAUACUGUGAAUAUGGGAGGAGUGGAUCAUUUUGAUCACUUCCGUGCCUCAUAUCCAAUCAGCCGAAAAUCAAGACGCAACUGGUUGCGCCUAUUUUAUUUCAUGUUUGAUGCAGCAAUGUUUGAUCAUCAACGCGUACAUAACGUACAUCCUAAUUCACAAGCAAACGGUUCACACACAUAUAGAUUACAGACUUCGUUUGGCACGCAGCCUUAUAGAUAG